UCAGCACGUACCGUAGGCGUAUCAGCGUGGUCUUCCCUGUCCUUCACGUCUGUCCACAUCCUGCUAGGCUCUUCUCUGCACCACAGCAACUAUGGCUCUGCUCAAGUCCAACAAGGUGAUCCACUGCCUGGGCAACAUCUCCCCGGCCCUGGGAGCUCUGUCCAGCCGCAACAGCUCAUGGUGGGCUGGGGUGCAGAUGGGUCCCCCUGAUCCCAUCCUGGGGGUGACGGAGGCCUUCAAGAGGGACACCAACCCAAAGAAGAUGAACCUCGGCGUGGGAGCCUACAGAGAUGACCAGGGGAAACCUUUUGUGCUCAGCUGUGUUCGUAAGGCAGAGGCUUUGAUGGCAUCCAAACAGCUGGAUAAGGAGUACCUGCCCAUCGGUGGUCUUGGUGAAUUUACCAAGGCCUGCGCCCAGCUGGCGCUCGGUGCCGACAAUGAGGUGAUGAAGAGCGGCAGAAGCAUCACUGUCCAGACCAUCUCAGGAACUGGAUCCUUGCGCAUCGGGGGAAAUUACCUGGCUCGGUUCCAUACAGGUCCACAUGAUGUGUACCUGCCCAAACCCUCCUGGGGAAACCACACACCCAUCUUCAGAGACGCCGGCAUGCAGCUCAAAGCAUACAGAUACUACGACCCGUCCACCUGCGGCUUCGACUUCAAAGGAGCCCUGGACGACAUCUCUAAAAUCCCAGAGAAGAGCGUCAUUGUGCUGCACGCCUGCGCCCACAAUCCGACCGGCGUGGAUCCCAGGCCUGAGCAGUGGAAGGAGAUUGCCGACAUCGUGAAGAAAAGGAACCUUCUGGUGUUCUUCGACAUGGCCUACCAGGGCUUCGCCAGCGGCGACAUUGAUCGUGAUGCCUGGGCUGUUCGGCACUUCAUCGAGACGGGCCACAACAUCGUGCUGUCUCAGUCCUUCGCCAAGAACAUGGGACUCUACGGUGAACGUGUGGGAGGCUUCACUGUUGUGUGCAAAGACGCAGAAGAGGCCAAGAGAGUCGAGUCCCAACUCAAGAUCCUGAUCAGGCCGAUUUACUCCAACCCACCGAUAAACGGCGCCAGAAUCGCUGCAACCAUCCUCAACACACCAGACCUGCGCUCGCUCUGGCUGGAGGAAGUCCAUGGCAUGGCCAACCGCAUCAUUAAGAUGAGGGAACAGCUGGUGGCGGGUCUGAAACAGCAGGGCUCCUCCCACAACUGGCAGCACGUCACCGAUCAGAUCGGCAUGUUCUGCUUCACUGGCCUCAAACCCGAACAGGUUGAGCGCCUGACGAAGGAGUUCUCGGUGUACAUGACCAAAGACGGCAGGAUUUCCAUGGCGGGCGUGACUUCCGCAAAUGUGGGCUACCUGGCAGAGGGGAUCCAUGCGGUCACCAAGUAGAGCAGAUCUCACUGGAAGAAGAACAGAAUCAAAGCUGCUGUGUUGAGGAGCUUUUUGUGUGUCCUCUGUUCCACCUUCAGAGGACGGGCCGAUGUUUAGUUUUUCUUUUUCUCUUCUGGAUUUCAUAAUCAUUUCAACACAGAACGGUUGUUUUUCUGCAAGUUUUCACUGAACUGAUGCCCUUUUGCCAUAUUCAAAACGUUUGUGACUGAGCUGAUAGUCUUUAUUUAUUCUGAGGAAUCAGCUGCUGACUCUGCACUUCUGUCCCUCUAAAUAUUUGCUCUUGACCCUCAUGCAUUUCGCUGUAACGUUGGGAUAAUGCAUGUUAGCUUUAGGUGCAAGAUCUCUGUUGCUUUGUGAAAAUCUUUAGAAAAUAUGCUUUUUUAAUUUAUGUUGGUGGUGUUUUAGCACUUUAUCAAAUGUGUGGCACUAUUUGAAUUUGUAGGUGGGUUUUACUGUGAGAAUAGGCAUUUAUCUGGUCAUCAGUUCACUUUUAUUAAUUUUAUCAACCUCUGUUAUUUAGUUUCCAUAUUUAAAAUGACUGAAUUAUCUCAUUUCCAUUCUGUACUUUUCCUGUACGUUUGUGAGAUCUUCAGUUUUCCUUCACAGAGCAGCAGUCUGUCAGUUGACAUCACAGUUAAAAGAAAGAGCACAAAAGUCGAGAGUAAAAUGGAAGUAUUGAGUGUAAAGUUCACUGGGGGUGGUUCUAUGCCGAAUGGGUAUUUUCAUGUCAUCAUACCACAAAACGUAUCCCCAUGUAAUCUAAAAGAAAUGUACAGAAGUCUCAUUUGUCCUGAUGCUAUACUUGAGUGUUUAAAUCUCUUUAUGGCCAAAACAUUGAGACUAUCAAAACAUACAUUUAUAAAGCAGGGCAUCUAUAAAUGCCCUGCUUCAGGCAUUAUAAUUGCCAGGGCUUUAGGCAAUUGUGGUGUCAUUUGCUGAUAUUCCUGGAACUUUGUCUCCAUUCUCUGCUUUCUGUCUGAAACUAAACAUGGGUCAUCUACCUUACUGAACAAACAAUAAAUCCUUGUAGAAAAA